GCAGCCGCUAGCACAAAUCGACACGUCGUAUCAGAGCAGAACCUGGGUGUUUCUGAGCGGUGAGCGGGGAAAUGUCUCUCCUUUAGCCCGGUUGGUGUCUCCGGUUCAUGGUCAGACACGGUGGACUCGUGAGUUAAACUUCCUCCGUGCGCCCCGGGUUUGUUUGGGUCUGUCUGACCAAGCCACGAUGUUGAGCAGCGGGCAACUUCGGACUCGUAUCGCCGCUAUAGUGGAAUCUCUGUGCCGAACCGCGGUCACCGAAAUCUCCAAAAUCGUGGAGGAUGGAAUGAUGGUGCUGCGCCUGGAGACGUGCUACCGGGAGAGCGAGAUCAAGCGGCUGAAGGGAGAUAUUGCCCGGCUUCAGGUGGAGCUGAGAGCGGCGCAGGAGGCAGGGGCCACGCCGAGAAGGGAGCACGGAACACGGGACAACCUGUCUAUCCAAAACAAAGACACAUCCUCCAUAUUUGUCACUUUUAUCCCAACAACCAGCCACAACAACCAACCUGUGUCAUUGGUGCAAAGUAGAACGCUAGAAGACCGAAGUGAAGACCCUCUUUCAAGGCCAAUAGAAUCACACAGAAUCUCCAUUUUGGAAAGGGACAAUGACCAAACCGCAUCACAAAAUGCCAAUUUAGGACGGUCUGAAAAUAGCCUGCCCCAUUUGCCGAAUUCUUCUGUGGAAGUGGGGGUGAGUGGGAGACAUUUUGGAUUUAACCCAUACAGCGUGGAGGCGAAGAAGGAAAAAAUCUGUCCAUACUGUGGGAAGUGCUUUGAGCGAUCGGCACAUUUGGAGAGACACAAGAUGAUCCACACAGGAGAGAAGCCAUUUCAGUGUGAGACCUGCGGACGCUGUUUUAACCAGAAGUGCAGUUUAAAGGAGCACCGCAAGAUCCACAUCCGAGAUGCCCAACUUGCAGUCCAAAACUCGGCAUCUGGAGAGAAGUUGGCUCCCAAAAACGAGUCCAUUGAAAAUCAUUCACUGAAUCCAGAGGAGACCCAACAAACGGCACCCAACCCUGUCGUCCUCACCCAAAACCAUGACACCCUCAUCUCAUUUGCACCUGUCAAGUAUGCACCUGUCAAGUCUGAACCUGUUGAGCCAAGAAUCGAACCUGUACAAAACCACCAAACGAUUUCCAAAACAAUUCCCCAAGAAUGCAAUGAUUUAAGCCUGAGAAUUGAACCUUCAACCUCAUUUUUGGGUUUACAGCCGCUCUCUCCUCCUAUGGACACCUCUAGUGGCAGUCAGCAGUACUGCAUAAAGGACAGUAACAUGCUAGACUUGCCUAAAAGAGCGCCUAGACCAAAGAAGAUGUAUCCAUGUCCAUACUGUCCGAAGGUGUUUUGGAGGAGUGAACAUUUGGAGAGGCACGUUCGGAUCCACACAGGUGAGAAGCCUUAUGGGUGUUAUAUCUGCGGCCGCUUCUUCAGUCAAACCAGCAGCCUCAAAGGACACAUGAAAACUCACAUCAACAUCAAGAUCAGGGGACACCUAUUAGGGAACAACAGUGGUCCUCUGGAUUCUCAACACAUGACCCUCUCUUCUGAAAACCAAACUGUAAUGGACACCUUAGACUCAAAGCACCGUCCAGAGUGUCCCCAAACUACAAUCGUGAAGCUAGAGCCGAAAGAGGAGCCGUUGGAUACUGAACCAGGGGACAACCUUACAAACAUGAACCAGGAAGUAGCUUGGACUUCUGGGAUUUCUAUGGACCAGGACACAUUCAAAACUGAAGACAUGGAUUUUGACGAUGCACAAAUCAGUAUAGAAAUGCUGCCUAAUAAUCAUUGCUUGCCUUUGAUGAAUUCAGAAACUGCACAGGAAGGAAACAUGAAACAAAAUGGUAAUUCUGUAGACUUUAAAAAUCAAAAUCUCAACUGCACCGUGAGCAAACAAGGCAUGAGCUCGUACAUUUGUUCGGUCUGUGGCGAAAACUAUGAUGAUUUUAUUUUAUUUCAAAAACACCAGUGUCUAGAACAGUUGGACAGUGGUGAGAUAUAGGCCUAAGCAGAGAUCACUUUACUAAACUGCCACGUUAUGUUUAUAGGUAGUUUUGUAAUAAAAAUUAAAGCCAGACGUGGCGAUAAAGGCCCUCGCCACCCCUUGCGACCCCGGGGUUCCUGCUAAUGCGAAGAUCCUGCCUUUUCUUGUUUACAUCGCCCCUAUCCCCAAAAUCAGCAUCUGUAUAUUACUACUCAAUUCAUUCCAAUGAACCUAUUUCAAACAUAGUCACACCUGUACGGUUGGAAAUAGUAUUGUUCAUUUUUGUUCAGUGUGAUGUGUGGAAUAUGUGUAGGAAAUUUCAAUGGCCUAUGACAAACCUUUUUUUGUCGCAGUUAACCAAAAUCCAUGUAUUUCUAUGAGACAUGUUGGACAUUGCCAUGGCAGCACUUUUGAAAAUGGAGGUAAGUCCUCAUUGUCACAAACAUUUGAAAUUCAGCAUCAACAUCUGGCUUGCCUUCCUGAACAAAAAAGCCAAACACAUUUUUUUUUCUUAUUCAGAAGUUCAAGGGGGGGCUUUGGAUGUCUAAUGCCUCAGAAUUGUAAAAUGUAUAUUAUUGCGUUCAGAACAUCAUUUUGCACAAAUUGUACGUAUAUUGAUACUGGGCAAUAGGACAUUGCAUGUCUGCACACAUUGCACACAAUUUAAUACUUCAAUUAAUGCUUUUUUGCUUGCAGGUUGGCCACACCCACAUUUUAUGACUUUCAAAAGAAAUUCAAAAGACUAGUCUGUAAUUGCACAUGGGUCUAGUUCAUUUUGACAAACUUUCAAGCUUUUUCAAUGAAAAUCUACAAUGUAAAAAAUUCAAAUGUGAGAGGUAAAAUUUGCCAAAAAAUGGGUUUUGCCCACAGUUGCGGACUUCCUGUUGGGUUUAGGAUGGGGUCAUAAUAGUUUUUUACUUGUUAUGUCAUGAACUAUUUUUAUGCUAAGUUUCAUCUUUCUAUGUUUAAAAAGGUUUAUUUUCAAUUUUUAAGGGGGAGCCAUGAUCACAUUUUUAUAAUAAAAUAGUUGGAUUAGCAUAGAGCAUCUAUUUAUUCUACAACAAAGUCCAGUAGUCUGAACCCCAUGUAUUUUAAUGACACAUUUCUUAUGUUACCACAAUAACUGGGCUGCAGAUAGGGGUAUGUCCUCAUUGGCUGUUUGAUCAGUAUGUUAAGGAAGAUGUGUGAGCCAAAUUUCAACUGGCCAAUUGAAGAGGGCCGAAGAGAGCCAUUUUGUUUGUUUGUUUGUUGUUAUUGCGUUGUAAUUUGCAUAUCAUUGUGUUCAGCUCGCAAAUCUACAUAAACGCUCUAUUGGCUUAUUCCAGACAAAAAAUGUGUGAAAGAGAAAUAUUUUUUUGAAAUUUUCAAAAAAUUGACAUUUUGUUGAAAAUUCACCAUAACCACACCCAAAGUGAUAUUUAAAAUGUAAUUGAUAAUCUUUAAUUGCACAUGGGUUGAGUGUGUUUUGAUCAAAUUUGAAGUGUUUGUGAUGAAAACUUCGAGGAGACGUCCUAAAUACGACAGUAUGCGCUUUUGUCAUUCCUGAAUUUGAUUCAAUAUAGCGGACUUCCUAUACAGUUUAGGGUGGGGCCCUAAUAUUAUUUUCUGACAUGUUCUAUUUUUGUUGAUGAGUGUCAGAUUUUUAUGGGUUUCUUUUGUUUUUUGUUUUUUUUCGGAUCGUGCUCCCACUGGCCCCAUAGAAAUCAAAGUUUGAGGUGGCGUUUUUCAUCUUUUUUUUCUUUUUUUUUUCAUUCAAAAUUAGAACUCAUUGAGUUCUAAUUUUCGAUAACAGUUACUGGCAAGAAUCUUACUACUCCUGACACGGUUUUAAUUAGUUCCUUUCUUGCUUUAGAUUUCUAUGUUGAAUUUUUUAUUUUAUUUUGUCUGUUAUCAUCCAUGUAGAGGAGGUGACUGAUGGUGGCCCCAUUCCUGAGUUGGUAUCCAUAGUCAGUGUUGCUGAUGAUUUGGCUGAGGGGAUUCAGACCUAUGCAAAACAGCAGUAGGGACAGUGCGUCUCCUUGGUAUAUCCCACAUUUGAUGGUCACUUGUGCAAUUGGCUUCAAGGGUGGUUUUCCACAACCUCAUAAAGUUUGCAAUGAAGGGUCUUAGAGUACUAUUGAUGUUGUACAGCUCCAGACAUUCAGUGAUCCAUGUGUGUGGCAUUGAGUCGUAGGCUUUCUUGUAAUCAAUCCAGGCAGUACACAGGUUGGUCUUACGGGUUAUGCAGUCUCGGGCGACUGUUUGGUCUACCAGGAGCUGGUGUUUGGCUCCCCUGGUAUCUUUGCCGAUGCCCUUCUGCGCUGUGCCCAUGUGCCCACUUGUCUUAGCCGCAAUGAUGCCUGACAUGAACUUCCAUGUUGUGGAGAGACAGGUUAUUGGCCGAUAGUUGGAUGGGGCUGUACCCUUCUGGAUCAGGAUUGUACUCCCUUUGGUUAGCCAUUUAGGGUGAGUCCCAUCCAUUAGCAGGCACACAUGGAUCAUGUCAGGGCCUGGUGCAUUCUUUUUCAUGCCUGAGACUCUUUCCUGGAUGUCUGCCACUGUGAUAUGGCUUAUACCUUUCCAGUAUUGAGAUGAAAAGACGGUUUAUUCGUCUGGCGUCAUUAUCUCGUGUGUACCUCUUUAGGCGGCUGGCCAAGGCUUGGAGCCUUUGUUUGGCAGUUUCCAGUGCUUCAGGUAUGGGCAUCUGACUGUUUUUUAUCGCACCUCUCUGGGCCUCUGCACUGCCUUGAUUUAACCUAAUCGUUGUUUCCAUGGUGGAUAUUUUUUCUCAUGGCUCCCAUGGUUGCUCUUAUAGCCAAGCAUCUCUAGGAUCACUUCUAGGAGAUGGUCCUUCACUUAGUCUCUGCAGGUGGUGUCAGAGUUGCCUUGUGUUAAUUCGUACCCAGUCUCUUAAUGUUAACCCCCUCUGACCUGGCAUCGUCACAUAUAUAUAAUUUUUAGUACCAAGAAUAAAGAGCAUACACAAACAAUGUUUAGUUUUCACAAUAUUAAUUUUGUUUACAUGACGUUUGCCAAUGCUGACAGAUCUGGUCCUUGCCUUUGACUCAGCAGCAGUCAAAGGCAAGGACCUUGACGACAUGUUCCCUGUCCCACUGGGAGGAGGCCCUGGGGAACACCCAGGACAUGCUGGACGGAUUGAGUCUAAAUGAGCUCAGAUUUCACAUGUCACAUCUAGAUACAGGGUAACACGCCAGCAAAAAACACCUUAAUUUCCUGUUUUUCGAUGACUUCCCACGGGCAUUUGCCUAGAGAGCUCAAAUUCAAAUCACAGCUACGUGAUCCUAGUCUCAAUGUAAGGGACUAUGAAGUCUGAUAAUACUGGUGACUAUAGUGUUAUUUUUUAUGAGAUUCCUACUAAAUUUGGGGAAUAAAUUUGAUGAAUGACAAGAAGCUAAAAAAUAUAUUGCAGACAUGGGUCACUGAUGCGUUAUACUGGCCUGAAUAUAAUGGACAGAAAGUAGCCCGGGUAGUGGCCAAGCGAGGAGAAUGCGAUGUGGGGGUAGUCGCGAGUCCCUGGCAACUGUAUGAGGACGGGCAGGCACACCAGAACGAGGGCCAUCUUCACCGCUUGUGGCUUUAAUGUAACUUGCUAUUUAAUUGCAGGUGUUUUUAUGUCACUUAAAAACCUUGAAAUAUAUGAAUUCUUACUGUGAGUUGGCGCGUCUCACCACAGAUCUGACCUUUAACUUUGCCUGGUGGUCUGCUUGUCUGCACUGAGGUAAAUGCUUAAUGUCAUAUUGUAGAACAUUCAGGCAAAGCUAUACCACAGAGACAAGAAGGUAGUGUUCUGUCUCCAUCUGAAAAGUUACAUCGUGUAUCUUUAAUGAAGUACAUUAAAAUAGGGCCAGAUUAUAUUGUGUAGCUAAAGAGAAUGUACUUCUACCUCCCCCAACACUUCCCUCAGACCCAGAGCUCAAGACCAUUGUAGAAAUAGUUGAUUAUUUUUAGGAUUUGAAGGUUUUGUACCAUACAUGUUUCAUACGUUAAUAUAUGAAGUGUUAACAAUAGACUGUGAAUGUGCCAUAAUAUGAAUGUGACAUAAAAUCGGACUGAACUGUGCUGUUUAUCUAGUUUUUGUAUUUUAAGUGCUUUG